AUGUCGGAGCCUAAUGUCCGCAUUUCAGGCACAGUUUUAGCUUCUCUCAUGUUCCAACAUGUCAACAGCGACUCGGACGUGGUUCUGGUUCUGACCGGUUCUGACUGCAGCUUUGAUGUUCAGGACAGCGUGGUGGGCUGGUACCGGCAGCGCAGGAACUCUGAGCAGCACAUGACCUUCAGGGAGAAGCUGGUCCACGAGAAGCUGAAGGCGGUUCUUCAGAACCCUCACAUGAUCUUCUUCCUGCUGACGUCCAGCAGAGUGACUCAGACGGACUCCACCCACCGGAUGGAGUACUCCGCCUUCACCUCCUGCAGCAGGCGCUUCAUGAGCGUUCCUGUCCUGGUGACCAACCUGGGUCUGCUGGAGCAGCAGGGCUACUGGAAGGCGUCUGUUCCGUGCUCCGCCUCAGGCUACAGCCUCACCAUGAAGAAACACCGGCCCAAGUUCUUUUCCCCCAUCGGGCUGCUGAGGGAGGUGGAGGAGAUCAACAAGAUGAACGAGUCUCUGCAGGAGGAGCUGCAGAAAGUCUGUGCAGAGGUGGAGGAGAGCGAGCGAUCCGUCAAAGAACUUCAGCUGGAGGUUUCAGCCCUUAGAAGGAGGCUCAGAGCUCGGCAGCAGGGCUCAGCAGGAGGAGGUGCUGAGGAGCAGCAGAGCUUAGCAGGAGGUGAUGCUCAGCCCAGGAGGAACCAGCUGCUGCUGGAGGCCGUCAGAGCGCUGCUAGGCUCCGCCCCCCUCUUCCUCACACAGACUCUGGACCUGCAGGCCGUCCCGGUUCCAGAUAAAACCGCUUCACCUCAGAACGCCGAGGACACCGAACAGGAGGAGAGCCGUGGGAAGAGGCAGAGGGAGGAGCUGCAGGGGAGGGGGAGGAAACGGAGGAGGAGCAGCUCCCCAUCAUGAACCACAUGGACCCAGACUCCAGGAGGUCUGACUUUAUUUUUAUGGAAAUCUUUAUUUUUUCCACCGUUUCUCAGAUGAAUAAAAUCUUUAAUGUUCCAGAAUGAA